AUGGAGACUGGCAACAGUAUCGACGAGCAAGAUCGUUGCUCUUCCGAUUGCACCACAGAUCGAAACUUGAAUCCUGGCUUGGGUGAAAAGCAGGCGGCCACCGUGCCCAUCGAUGGUUUCGCCAACGUUGAUGGCACCAGCCCAAUCACAUACUAUUACCUCUCCUUCGACACGGCCUUGCCAACCGUGCCAAUGCCGCAAAGAGAUGUCUGCCCGCCAUGUCCUGACUUGAGGCCGUACGUGUCUCCGCUCAGAUGGAGUGCAGCUCGAAAAAAUGUUUCCCUGGCGCUCUCGUGCAUGGCGACGUUUCUCACCGCAUACACGGCGGGUUGCUAUCUGCCUCCGGCUGCCGUGGUUGCCCGGGACCUUCAAACAACCCGUAUCGUCACAACGGUCGGCAUGGUCACCUUUUGUACAGGGUUCGCCUUCGCACCCAUGGCAUUGGCACCCAUCUCGGAGAUCUGGGGUCGCUUCCCGGUCUUCAUCGUUGCCGGCGUGGUAUUCGUCGUCUCUCAGGCCACUUGUGCCGUCACGCCUCACAUUUCAGGGCUUCUCGCCGCACGUUUCUUUGUCGGCGCCGGCGCCUCUGUGUUCAGCUCCGUUGUUGGCGGUGUCAUUGCAGAUCUCUGGGACAAGGCAGAGCGCAACACGCCCAUGGCGCUGUUCAGUGGCUUUGUUCUGGUUGGAACCGGAGCCGGACCACUUGUCAGCACAGCCUUUAUCAAGCGGUUUGGACAAACCACGCUGGCCUGGAAAUGGACCGUCUGGCAUCAAGCGAUACUGGAUGGCGUGCUCCUUAUCUUGUUUAUCCUCUUUUUCAAGGAAAGUCGCGCCUCAGUCCUCUUAGCCAGAAAAGCAGACAAGCUCAAUCAGUGGUAUGAAGAGCUAGAAUCAAAGGGAAUAUAUGGCGUGUGUCUCCAAGCCGCUUCUGCACCGCCGGCAGUUGCUCCCUGUAUGUCGUUCCGCAAUACGUGCAUGCCCUGCGGCGCAAAUACAUUCGACCAGGCUCCCAAUCAAGGACACGGCAGUCAGGACCGACAAUUGCGCAUUCGCUGGGUCGUGAAGGGAGGUGAACAACGUCCUCCAGUCUUCAAGCUGAUGAGUAUGUCGGUGAGACGGCCCUUUCACAUGCUCUUUACGGAGCCUGUCGUCUUUUCAUUUUCUCUCUGGGCGGCGUUCUCCUGGGCCAUCCUCUACAUGUCGUUUUCUGUCGUGCCUUUUCUAUACGAAACCAGCUUCAACCUUUCUAGUCGCGUGUAUGGAGCCAUCAUGGCAGCCGCUGUGAUCGCAACUGCACUCAGCAUCUUGCAGCAGCAUCUGCUCAAGCACCCGCAGUGGCGUGUCCAUGAAGAAGAUUUCAAGUAUUCAGACUCGAAUUUCUGGGCCUUGAUGAGAAAGCACUUCCCAUCUGACUCGCCCGAGGCGAGGCUCUACUUUGCCUGUAUUACGGCGCUGUUCCUGCCCGCGGGCUUGUUUGGAGCCUUCCUAUGUCCACAGUAUAUGAAUGGCUACGCAGAAGCUGUAGGUCUCGGCUUUGCCGUCUGGGGCAUCUAUUCCGUCUAUCUGGCGACAUUUAACUAUCUUGCCGACUCAUACCAGAGUUGUGCAUCCUCGGCCUUGGCGGCUCAGAAUUUCUGUCGCAACGUCCUCGGCGGCAUAUUCCCACUCAUUGUACAGGCAAUGUUUACCAAUUUGGGAGUCAAUGGUGCAGGGGUCAUGCUAGGUGGUAUUGCCACGGUGUUAUCCACUAAGAAAGACGUAGAUCUUGUAGAGAAAUUCUUGUUAGAGCUUAUGAAUUUGAGUUACCUCAGUCUAGACAAGUCCGGGAGUCAUCUGUGA